AUGCCCGACCUGGCGCAGACGAUCUUCGCGGCCACCACGUCGAACGACCUCGGGACGGUCCAACAUCUCAUCGAGGAGCUCUCGGCCGGCGACGACAAGGCGUUUGACGUCAACCGGCUCGUCGAAAAGAGCACCGAGAGCACGCUCAUGCACAUCGCGUGCUCCAACGGCAACUUGAAUGCGUGCAAGUACCUCUUCAUGUCGGACAUGUACCUCAACGCGCCCAUCAAGCGGGUAGCCUCCAGCUGCUGG